GUAGAGGACCUGUGGGUGCGUGACGGGAAUUUAGACCCAGAGAAGCUGUUCUUUGAUGAGCAGGGAUACGCUGACAAACGUGUGGACUGUGAAGGCAGCAUCAUCGCCCCGGGGUUCAUAGACACCCAGAUCAACGGAGGAUAUGGCAUCGACUUCUCUCAGGCCUCUGACGACGUGGGAAGUGGAGUUUCUUUUGUGGCCAAAAAGAUCCUAGAGCACGGCGUCACAUCCUUCUGCCCCACCCUGGUUACCUCUCCCCCGGCUAUCUACCACAAGGUUCUGCCUCAAGUCAAAGUUCACAAUGGAGGAAAACAUGGAGCUGGAGUUCUCGGGGUCCACCUGGAGGGUCCGUUCAUCAGUGCGGAGAAGAAAGGAGCUCACCCAGAGCAGUUUCUCCGUACCUUCCGCUCAGGUGGACUACAGGACCUGAUGGAGGCCUAUGGCAGCCUGGACAACGUUGCCAUGGUGACGCUGGCUCCUGAGCUGGCCAGCAGCCAGUCAGUGGUGAGGGAGCUCUCUCAGCGAGGUGUCACUGUGUCCUUAGGUCACUCUGUGGCCAACCUGUCCCAGGCUGAGGAAGCCGUACAGCACGGAGCAUCCUUCAUCACUCACCUCUUUAACGCCAUGCUGCCUUUUCACCAUCGUGACCCCGGCAUAGUGGGCCUGCUGACCAGCGAUCAGGUCCCUGCAGGCAGGACGGUCUACUAUGGAAUGAUAGCUGAUGGGAUCCACACCAAUCCUGCAGCAUUACGCAUCGCUCACAGAGCUCACCCUGCAGGUUUGGUGUUGGUGACAGAUGCGAUCACAGCGAUGGGUCUGCCUCCAGGUCGCCACACUCUGGGCCAGCAGGUCAUAGAGAUCCAGGGUCUGCACGCUUAUGUUGCAGGAACAAAAACACUCAGUGGCAGCAUAGCCACAAUGGAUAUGUGUAUACGACACUUUAAACAGGCUUCAGGCUGCAGUGUAGAGGAAGCUCUGGAAGCUGCCUCGCUCCACCCGGCUCAACUUUUGGGUAUCAACAAUAAGAAGGGAAACCUGGACUAGGGAAAGAAGAUGAAGAUGUGGAGGCCUGCAGAUGGAAACCUGUCUUACAGUUAGAAUCUGAUCGAUGAUCUUGCUAAAAAGCCAGUAUUUCUAUUUUCUCUGGACACUUUUAUUAUGUAGGUAUUUUUAAACCAAGAAUCAGUUGCUAAUUCAAACUUGGACUCAUAGUACUCUCUUUAUAAAUUCAUGAGUAUGAAAUAGAAAUGUUUUUAUGAAUGAGCAUGCUCUUGCUGGAAGAGUCUGUUUUUCUAAGCCUGUAUCCGGAUGCUUUACAGUCAAGUUUAUAAUUACAUUAAAGAGAAACUUUCAGUGUUACUAUAA